CCGGUUUGUGCCGCAUUUCUGAGUAAUGGCACCUGUGUCAGUUUACAUGCAAAGGAUUCGCUUUGAGCUGGAUGGCUUCUGAAAUUGUGCUGUGAUAAAUCCGUGUUUUUCCGCCGUAGUUGUUCACUUGUAAUAUGUGCGUUUCCUGCGUUUUGCUGUCCGCUCAAUACAAUCUGACAAACCCAGUGAUCGUGCUUACUGUCCGCCCUUGUGUAUUCGGAUUAAUUGUAUACUAAUCUGCAGGGUGGUAAAUUUGGGCCAGUAACUUUUUAUAUAUUUAAAGUAUACUUGUAGAACCCGUAGUGGAAUUUGGUUCCAUACGUUGCAGAUGUUUACCGGAAACGUCACCGACUGGAAUAAUUGCUAUAGGCAAUUCCGACCGGAUAAUUGCUUCUGUUUUCAGCGGAGGCCCUGGAAGAACAGCUCCACAAAUAAAAGAACAGAAAAUUAAUAUAUAUAGAUUUGAAGUUUGUGGUUUUGAAAUGGCCGAAGGUUUAUUUGAGAAGUUUCUUGCCCCUGAAGAGCCGUUCCCUUUGUUGUCGCAGCGAGGGAGCAUCAGCGAGGAGGGCACUUUUAACGUUAGUGACUUGGGUUGGCAGCUGUCCUCCUGUCACAGAACAGAUCCUCUCCAUCGGUUCCAUACAAACAGGUGGAACUUAACAUCUUGUGGAACCAGUGUUGCCAGCUCGGAGUGCAGUGAAGAGCUUUUCUCUUCUGCUUCGGUUGGUGACCAGGAUGAUUGUUACUCGCUGUUUGAUGAUCAGGACAUCGCUUCCUUUGACUUUUUCCAGGAGGGCAGUGUCUGCAGUGAUGUGUCCUCUUCAAUCAGCACUUACUGGGAUUGGUCUGACAGCGAGUUUGAAUGGCAGUUACCUGGCAGUGACAUUGCAAGUGGAAGUGAUGUGCUGUCUGACAUCUUGCCUAGUGUUCCAAGUUCUCCUUGCCUCAUUCCAAAAAGAAGAAACAAACAGCAUAGAAAUUUGGAUGAACUUCCAUGGAGUGCUAUGACAAACGAUGAACAGGUUGAAUAUAUUGAAUACCUGAGCCGUAAAGUCAGCACUGAGAUGGGUCUUCGUGAACAGCUAGACAUUAUUAAAAUCAUAGACCCCAGUGCUCAGAUCUCGCCUACUGACAGUGAAUUUAUCAUCGAACUAAAUUGUCUCACAGAUGAAAAGCUGAAACAGGUAAGAAGUUAUAUAAAAGAGCACAGCCCACGUCUCCGUUCUGCUCGCGAUAACUGGAAGAAGAGUAAUCACAGCUGUAACAGUACCAGUGCAGCAAGUGGCAUUACCAGCAGCAGUGCUAGUAUGGUGAGCUCAGUCAGCAGUUCUGCUUCCAGUGCAGGAAACUCCAUUUCAGGCUCCAGUGCUAGUGCAGGUCGAGCACCCAGUGACAGCAACUUAUCAGCUAGUGCUGCAGAACGAAUCCGUGAUUCAAAGAAACGUUCAAAACAGCGGAAAUUACAACAAAAAGCAUUUCGGAAGAGACAGCUCAAGGAACAGAGACAAGCACGAAAAGAGAGACUAAGUGGCUUAUUUCUUAAUGAAGAAGUACUUUCAGUAAAAGUGACUGAGGAGGACAAUGAAGGAGAAGUUGAUGUGCUACUGUGACAAAACUUACCUGCUUAGAACUAAGCCUUAAAAUGUGCAUUUCAGGAAACUUGUUUACAUUUUCAGUGAUACUGUUCUAAAAUGCAGUAGCACACUGGUAACUUAACACAUAAUUAACAAUUUAAGUAUUUUUAAACGAUAGGAAGUUUGUUUCUUGAUGAAAUACACCUCGUCCAUUACAGUGUGUCCUCUGUGGCAUUUGCGUUGCAUUGAACAUUCAGUACUUUGUAAUGUUUAGUAGAUGAGGUAAAAUUCAUUAUUGAAUGAAUAAUUGUACAGUGCUGUCAGCCCAAUAAGCAGCUUCCUUAAGUAAAUUCUGCUCUGUUCUCAUUUAAAUUGUAUUUAGAAUAUCAUUUGGAAAUUAAUACAAGUUUAAAUGCUUUGAGAAUGAUUAAUUUGGCAGGUACUUAUUACCUGCUUAACCUGCUCUUCCAAGAAGAGAAUAGUUGAAUUUUGAAUUGUAUUAAAUUUCCUAUCUGAAAAGACA